AUAAAAUCACAUUGGGAAAAUUUUAUAACUAAGAAAUAUACAAAAUUUCUGAUGUAAAAGUUUUUAACAUUUUCUUAUUGAACAAUUUAAACUUUUAUAUAGAUUAUGUGAUCUGUUUGUAUAGUAUUUUAAGUGAGUGACUGGAGUUUUUGGAAGUAAAGGAAGAGUAUGCCAUCUGAAACCUUUGUGUUAAGAGCAGUUUAAAAAUGCCUCAAAAGAAAGAAAAAAGGAGGGGAAAGAGAAAAGAUAGUGAUGACUGGGAAGAUGAGGUUGCAAAUGAGAUUGAGCAGAUGAAGUUAGGCAGUGCUGAAGAUGAUACUGGUACCAAGAGUGAAGUUGGUAAUGACAAUGAAAAUGCCAAGAAAAAAAAGAAACACAAAAAAGGGAAAGGGGCAGUUUCAUCAGAUGAAGAUGAAACAACAAACAAUGUUGGUCCACAAUCAAGUUUUGGAUUGCUUGAUGUGGAGGAUAUUGAUGACAUGGGUGAUGAAAUUGAACCAAAUGAAAGAGUAAAAAAAGAUAAAAAAACAAAAAAAGGAAAAGUAGAAAAUAAAACAAGUGAGGAAGACCAAGAUUUGGAAAGUAAAUCAAGCAAUGAUAAUGUUUUUACUAAAGAAAGCACUGUGGGCAAUGAUGAGAGUAUAAAGGAAGUAAACUCUGAUGAGGAUGAACAUAAUUUUAAGAAAGAGAAAAGGAAAGCAAAGAAAAAUAAAACAAAAAAUGAAGAGGAUGAGCAUGAAAAAGCUGAUGAGGAAGAAGAAACAACUGUCAAAACAGCAGCACAAAAGAGAGCUGAGAAAAAAGAACGAGACAAGAAAAAGAAGGAUGCUCAGAAAAAAAAAACAAAGGAAACAAAAACUGAAAAAACUGAAAAAGUUGACGAUCCUGAAAAUUUAGAAGAAUCACAUUUAGGGGAGGGUAAUAAAACAGCAGAUAUUGAGGAUCAUGAAAAAUCUGUAAAAGUUGAAAAGACAGAACAUGAAGAAGGUGCAGAGGAGGGAACGUCUGGAGUGAAGGAGCAAGAUGAAGUGGAAGAUGGGGAAGAUAAAAAGAAGAAGAAAAAAAAGAAAAAGAAAGUAAAGGAAGAGGAAGCGCCUAAAGUUAAGAAACCUGCGAGGGGGAUGAUCAAGCAAAUGCAAGAGGCUCUUGAGAAAGCAAAACUCGAACAGGAAAGAUUAAGGCAAGAAGAAGAAGCUAAAGUAAAGGCACUGGAGGAAGCUGAAAAUCGACGACUGGAAAAGAUUCGACUUGAAAAAGAACGUAAAGAGAGACAAAAACAAAAAGAAAAGGAGCGAAAAAUGAGGUUGAAACAGGAAGGAAAAUUCUUGACUCCAGCUCAGAAACGAAAAGCUCAAGUUGAAGCACAGUUGGAGGCUAUGCGAGCACAAGGAAUUGCAAUUCCAAAUCGUAGCGGUUCAGACCCGGGUGACGGAAAGAAACCUGUUCGAUAUGGUUAUAAAAAGAAGCAAAAGCAAUUCCAAGAUAAGCCCGAAGAUACAACAGCAGACGGUGAACUAGAAAACGCAGAAGACAAUCCAACAGAGACAGUAAAAGAAACUAAAGAAAACAUUGAAGAUAAGUCUGAGAUUCAGGAAGAUGAUGUAAAAGAGACCUGGGAUGAUCAAGAUGAGGAAAGCGAUAAAGAUACUGCCACUACUGAAACACAACAGAAAGCCUCGGGUGAAAUUAAUGAGGAUGAAGGUGGGGAGGAUGAAGACGAAGAGACAAGUGAAGAUGAGAGUGAAGACGAAAAUGGACAAGAAGAAGAAAGUGAAUCUGGUGAAGAUACGGAAAGUGAAUCUGAAGACGAAUAUGAAGAAGAUGAAUCGCUAUCUAAAGAAGAAAGAGAAUUUUUCAGAGCUGAAGCCAGAAUAAAGAAACGAAGGGAGAAGGCAGAAGCAGCCCGAUCGAAGGAGAAAUUACGGUCACCUGUGAUUUGUGUGAUGGGUCAUGUGGACACAGGAAAAACCAAAAUACUAGAUAAGAUCCGUCAUUCUCAUGUGCAAGAUGGUGAAGCAGGAGGAAUUACUCAACAGAUUGGAGCAACUAACGUCCCAAGUGAUGCGAUAAAACAACAGACGAAAAUGAUUAAAGACUUUACAGAGUUUGACAUGAAAAUACCUGCUUUGCUGAUCAUAGACACACCUGGCCAUGAAUCUUUCAGUAACUUGCGAUCACGAGGUUCAACAUUAUGCGAUAUGGCAAUUCUUGUUGUUGAUAUUAUGCACGGUCUAGAACCGCAAACAAUUGAAUCUAUAAAUUUACUAAGAAAUAAGAAAACACCUUUUGUCGUUGCCUUAAAUAAGGUUGAUCGAUUGUACGAAUGGAAACGAGGUCCAAACUCGAGUAUUAUAGAUACUCUUAAGAAACAAGGAAGAGGUACAAAACAAGAGUUUGAAGAGCGAAUGAAUAAAAUUAUCGGGGAAUUUGCUGAAGAGGGAUUAAACGCUAUAUUAUUUAAUAAAAAUGUUGACGCCAAGACUUACAUAUCUCUGGUCCCUACAUCAGCUCACACUGGGGAUGGCAUGGGUGACCUGAUUUCAUUGAUUGUCAAACUAUGUCAGACUAAACUAGCUCAAAGAUUAUCCUACUCAGAGGAACUGCAGUGCACUGUGCUUGAGGUAAAGGCUAUAACUGGAUUAGGGACAACGAUUGAUGUAAUUUUGACGAAUGGUCGUUUAGCAGAAUCUCAAACAAUUGUAUUGGGGGGAAUACAAGGUCCUAUUGUAACCCAGAUACGAGCUUUACUCAUGCCCCAACCUUUGAAAGAACUCCGGGUAAAGAAUCAUUAUAAAGAAUUUAAAGAAAUUGAAGCAGCACAAGGGGUGAAAAUCACCGGAAAGGAACUUGAUAAGGCGCUUGCAGGAUCGCCUUUGUUUGUGGCUUAUGAAGAAGACGAGAUUGAAGUACUUAAGAGAGACGUAAACGAAAUUGUUCAACAGACACUGAAAUCGAUCAAAGUUGCUGACAAAGGAGUCUGUGUACAAGCCUCAACACUUGGUUCUCUGGAGGCUCUCUUAGAAUUCUUGAAAACUUCAAAAAUACCGUAUUGUAGUGUUAGUGUUGGUCCAGUUCAUAAGAAAGAUGUUAUGAAAGCCUCAGUGAUGUUGGAGCAUGAUAAUCAGUUUGCAGUCAUUCUCGCAUUUGAUGUAAAAGUCGAACGUGAUGCCCAGGAACUUGCAGAUAAUCUUGGUGUAAAAAUAUUUACAGCUGAUAUUAUUUAUCAUCUAUUUGAUAAGUUUAUGAGCUACAGGGAGGAAUUAAAACAAAAGAGACGAGAUGAAUUCAAGCACAUUGCGAUAUUUCCAUGUAAGUUACGGGUUCUCACUGAACACAUCUUCAAUACUCGAGAUCCCAUAGUGCUUGGCGUUGCUGUUGAUGCUGGUAUUGUCAAAGAAGGAACUCCGAUAUGUGUUCCUAGCAAAGAGUUUGUUGACAUUGGCAUUGUGACUGGAAUUGAGACGAACCAUAAACCUGUGGAGAAAGCGACUAAGGGAAUGGAAGUCUGUGUUAAAAUCGAACCAAUUCCUGGAGAAGCACCCAAGAUGUAUGGUCGUCAUUUUGAUUAUACAGAUCCACUUGUUAGUAAAAUAUCUCGGGAAUCAAUUGACGCUGUUAAAGAAUACUUCAGAGACGACCUUCAAAAAAGUGAUUGGCAGUUAAUGAUUGAAUUGAAAAAACUAUUUAAAAUCAUAUAAAUUGCCCAAUUUCAAUUCUAUUUACAGCUCGUAAAAGAUGUCUUAAUUUCUUUUAAAACGAAACUCAGGAGACGUUUCUCAUUCGAAUGCAAAUGAAAACAUAAAAUAUACUUGGUUCAGUCUUUUAGAUCUUUCUUUUGCAAUAGUUAGUUCUGCGGGCUAUUAAUACUUCGGGACCAUUAUUUGGUACAGUUUGCAAGUCGCCAUCUUGCAUAGUAUUUUUUCCGAUUCCGGCGCAGUAUGCAUCGGUUUAAUCCCAAAAUAGAGAAAGUAUAACGGAAUUCGUUCAUCUUAUUUUAUUUUCUGUACGAGAGAUUGACGACGAUUAUAAGAAACAUUGAAUUAGGAAUCAGUUCAUGGUUAUAGGUUACAUUGGAGGGUGUAAUAGUUAAAAUUAUAUAGAUUUUAUUAGUCGUAUUU